AUGCGUCGCUACUACAGGCUUCUUUAUGCAUCCUUUGCGGCCACUUUCUUCAUGGUCACUUUGGCCUUUGAUGAUGAUAGUGAUCACACGACAUCACAAUUAGAGAAACGCUAUCCUAAGAGCGAAGACGGUCGCUGUGGUGUUAAUUUUGGCACACGCUGCGAAGAUGACGAGGGCUGCUCGGCUGAGGGAUGGUGCGGCACAGGAUACUCGUAUUGCUCUGCUCCCGCAUGCCAGCUUGAGUAUGGCCCUUACUGUGACGCAAACAGGCGGCCACUCGGAGCAAAUACUGAAGAAUGGCCACGCCCUCAUAUGGGCGACGUGCCAUAUGGACAAGCUAUCUUUAACUGUAAAAAGCCCGGCACCGUUGCAUUGACUUUUGACGAUGGCCCGUGGAAAUAUACCGAACAGUUGCUAGAUGUGUUGGAGGAAUACAAUGUCAAGGCUACAUUCUUCAUUACAGGCCGAAAUCUCGGUAAAGGAGCCAUUAAUGACCCUGACCUUGACUGGGCCCGCCUCAUUCACCGAAUGAAGGCGGAUGGCCACCAAAUCGCCAGCCAUACGUGGUCUCAUCAGCGUCUUCCUACGCUUGGCAAGACUCUUCUCCGUCAACAGAUGAUUUAUAAUGAGAUUGCUCUUGCAGAUAUUCUUGGCUUCUUCCCCACCUAUAUGCGUCCCCCUUACUCUGCCAGCAAUGAGGACGUGGACAGGUGGCUCGGCGAGCUGGGAUACCACGUCACAUACUUUGAUCUGGACACACAGGGCUAUCUACACGAUAGCGAAGAUGAAAUUGAAACGUGUAAAAACAUUGUUGACAAGGCAUUUGGAAAUAGAGACGCGGAGACCGAGAGCUACUUGCACAUUGAGCAUGACACUGUGUACGAAACGGUGUCUACUUUGGUGUCAUAUACUAUCGACACUCUCUAUCACGCCGGCUUCACAGCAGUCACUGUUGGCGAGUGUCUGGACGACCCUGAAGAAAACUGGUAUCGCUGGCCAGACUAUGAGGAGAAGAAGCGUUCGCUUGAAGCACUGGAAGAGCGUGUUCCCGGCCCGUUUAACCAAACUCGGGGCUCAAAUGGAACUGCCGCCAACAAUCAUUCUGAGCCUAAUCAGCAUUCCUCGUCCAGGCAAUUUCACCUCCAGCCUUUCAAGCCUCAGCCCUCGGUGAAGGGAUCUCGCUCCACACUCAACCGGACCCUCUCUCACCCCGCCAGUCGUCAUUUCGGCAAAUCACUCCUUCUUAACCAACUGCCAUUUAACGGGACCAGUCGUUGCGGUGCUGAGUUUGACAAUGUCUCGUGCGAACUCAACAAGAUUGAGAAAUGCUGUUCAAAGUCUGGCUGGUGCGGAUCUGCUAGAGAGCAUUGUCUUGACGGCUGCCAGGAGGAGUUUGGUCGCUGUGCCAAGCCAUUGAUGCCAGGCCCUUGA